AUGGAGGAGGACGGCGAUGGCGAUGGCCGUGGUGGUGGCGGUGGCGGUGGCGGUGGGAGUCGUGGCCGCGGCCCCGGUGCCGGGCCGGCGCUGGCCAUCUGCGGGGAGCUGAUGGCCCUCAGCGGCGGCGGCCGGUUCCUAGCAGCGCGGUACAGGGAGGCCGGUGAGGAUGGUCUCUUCGUAUAUGAUUGCAUCAAUGCAGAGAAGACUGUAGAAAAUAAAGGGCAGGAUGGAAAAUCAACAGAUAAAGGAAGCGAUGACAUCCUAGCCUUUACCUUCUCCCCAUCGGGAAGUUAUUUUGCCCUGACAGAUGACAGCAAGCGUCUGAUUCUGUUCCAUACGAAGCCUUCCUGGAAAUGUGUUAGCGUCAGGUCUGUUAACAGGAGAUGCACUUCCCUGGUUAUUACAGCUGCAGAGGAUAAGAUCCUGAUUGCAGACAAGUCUGGAGAUGUCUAUUCUUACUCAAUAACAGAACCCCAAGCAGGUGGAAAACUUGAGCUGGGUCACUUGUCUCUGCUGUUGGAUGUGGUACUGAGCCCUGAUGACCGAUAUAUCCUAACUGCAGACAGAGAUGAGAAGAUCAGAGUCAGCUUGACAAAGGCUCCUUAUUAUAUUGUGUCAUACUGUCUGGGACACAGAGAGUUUGUAAGUAGAAUACUUGUCAUACCCAACUAUCCUGAUCUACUGUUGUCAGCUUCUGGGGAUUCGACUCUGAGACUCUGGGAGUACAAAAGCGGGGAAGAAGUGCACUGCUGUCAUCUAAGUAGCAUUUGUGGGUCUGAAACAACAAACACUGACCAGAAAUACCCUGUGUCAAGAAUAACCUACUGCUGUGAAGGUGAUUAUGUUGCCAUUCUAUGUGACUGUAUUUCCACAGUCUACAUCUUUCAGCUCGAUGCCAUUGCCAAGCAACUAGUUCACAAACAACAAAUCUCCUUGAAACGUAAAGUUUGGGACAUUGCCUUUGAGGAAUCGGGAGAUCUCUGGCUUUUGGAGGAUGACAGGGAAGGUCCUCUUCAAUUGUACAGACCAUGUGAUGGAGAGUGGAAGCUUGCAACUGACGACAAAGGUUUACAGAAGAUGUCAAAACACCUUCAAGACAACUGGACAGUGUUUGAAGGUUUUGUUGGUGCAGAGAGCCACUACAGCAGUCUCUAUAAGGUUUCAUUUGAUAACAUGGCCACCUACCUACAAAGGAAAGGGGAAAGGUUACAGCAGCAUAAAAAGAAAAAGCAGGAUCUGCAACACGGUUCAAAUGGACAAAGAAAAAAGAUGAAGACUGAGGAAUCCUCGCUAUGACACUGUUGAUAGCUUGCAGCUUUUGCCUUGCUGAGAGGAACGGAUCCAGUUGCAAACUGUAAUGUAAAAUGAGUUAUGAGAGAAAACUAGUUUAAACUUUUAUUCAGAUUUGGAUUUUUGGGUAGCCUGAUAAGAAAAUAUCCUGCUUGCAGCAGAUAAUGCAUUUACAAUAUGCCUAAGCUUCUAGCAGCAUACAGGUGUUAGUGGUUCAGCCCUGAGCCUCUCUAAUGCAUGAUGUAUGAAUAUUGGAGAUGGUAUUUUCCUUGAAGCAGGAUUUUCUGUUUGCCUACUGUGUUCAGGCUUUCUUCUCCAGGUGGAAGUGCACCGAUUAAAGUGGAUGUGAUUUG